AUGUGUGACCAUGAGUCCCUGACUUGCUUGCCUUCCACGUAUGCAGCAGCAUCGGGUCACCGCACCAUUACAACGAACCAGCUUCUCGCAGCAGCCACCGGAAAACGCACAGCGUCUGUGGAUGACCACGCCACGUUGGCGCCUCUGGUCUACCCUGUUCCUUUGGUACUCCCUGGCGAUGAUAUCGAUUGUGACCCGAAUUAUCCACCACAAAGCUUCCGAGAGUGGCUGAAUCUGGGCGUGCGUAACCUGGUAAGCUCGCGAAGGAACGUGAUUUAUCUGGCUGCACCGCCAGAUAUCGAUGAUAGUGUUGCAUUCAUGCGUGACUGGCAGCAUCCGACUGCCUGGAGAGAAGCUACCACUUCGGUUCUGGAAGGUCAGCUGAACAUCGAAAUAAUUGCUGCUUACCUGCGGGCAUUUUACUAUGGUCUCGAAGUCCAAAUCCUCCCGCAAAGGUUGACGUUCACUUCUUGGGAAGAUACCACAACCUCCACGGCUGCGCUUCGAGGUCGAGGUCGAGGUGCGGUACAAGCCACCCCAAGAUUACAGUAUGUGGGUUUGUCAACCGACAGCGAAGUUGUACGUAUCCGUGCGCGUCCAACGCCUCCUGUCGGUAGUGCAUCACCACCCGAACUCUUCCCAUAUCCAUACCAGCUGGAUCUAAACGACCUCACUGACUUCUCCAUGAGCAUCCUACCUUCAGAUGCGUAUGCUCUCUUGUUGAUGACAACGCAUGAUCUGUAUGAGUCAGAUGCCGACGACUUCUGCUGUGGUCGUGCAUGGGGUGCCAGUCGAGUUGCCAUUGUUUCAAGCGCGAGGUAUCACGCUGCGCUGGACAAGCUUCAUGACAUUGACAUUGAACAUGUGUGGCCGGCCAGCCAUUGUGCAGCUUUCGUUCGUAAAAUGAGCGCCGAAAUUCAAACAGGGGUGCGUCCUAGAAAUCGGCGAAGAAUACGCGGCAGGCAGAAGAAGCAGGACACUCUCACCGCUGACUCGUCUGGUUCUGCAACCCCAAUGCCGUUGCAAAAAGCCUUGGAUGCGCACCGGCAUGCUGUCGUCCAUCAGGAAGGAAUGUCUCGAGACAAAGAAACGUCGGCUCUCAGCUUCCGACUCUGCCGAACAGUCUCACACGAACUCGGCCACUGUUUUGGACUCGAUCAUUGCAUGUACAGAGCGUGCGUGAUGCAGGGCAGCGCCUCUGUUGCAGAAGACGUGCGACAACCGCCGUACUUGUGUCCGGUUUGCGAUAGGAAAAUUGCUUGGGCCAUCACGCAAAGCGGUAGGGUCGAGCAGGAAGGCCAUCUUACGGAUGGAUCUCGCUCUAGAAAUGGUCGGGGCAAAGGUGAGAGAGGAGCGGAAGAAAUGAUUGCAGCCUGGAAGCGAGGGAGAUGUUUGGCGAUGAAGCACUUUGGUAACUUGCAGGGAGGGAGCUUUGCAGCAAUGGCAGCCUGGUAUGAGGGAAUGCUUGAAGUGAAUGCUGCAGGGCUGCACGAGUAUGUUAGCUGCACCUAA